UGCUGUGAUCUGGGAUUCCACGCCAGCCUCGCUCGGACCUUCAGGACGUACCUGUCUGCCGAGUACAACCUGGAAACCUCCCGCCACGAGGGCCUGGACAUCAUCGAGAAUGCUGUGGACAACCUGGAUGCGCGGAGCGACAAGCACACCAUCAUGGACAUGUGCAACCAGGUCUUCUGCCCUCCGCUGAAGUUCGAGUUCCAGCCUCACAUGGGGGAUGAGGUGUGUCAGGUCAGCGCCCAGCAGCCUGUGCAGACCGAGUUGCUGAUGCGGUACCACCAGCUGCAGUCACGACUGGCCACCCUCAAGAUAGAGAACGAAGAGGUACGAAAAACUCUGGAUGCCACAAUGCAGACUUUGCAGGACAUGCUGACGGUGGAAGAUUUUGAUGUUUCAGAUGCCUUCCAGCAUAGUCGCUCCACUGAGUCGGUCAAAUCAGCUGCAUCAGAGACCUACAUGAGUAAAAUAAACAUCGCCAAAAGGAGAGCCAACCAGCAGGAAACCGAAAUGUUCUAUUUUACAAAAUUUAAAGAGUAUUUGAAUGGCAGCAACCUUAUCACGAAGCUCCAGGCUAAACAUGACUUGCUGAAGCAGACUCUUGGAGAAGGUGAGAGAGCCGAAUGCGGAACAACCAGGCCCCCAUGUCUUCCCCCUAAGCCACAGAAAAUGAGGAGACCUAGGCCUCUCUCAGUCUAUAAUCAUAAACUCUUUAACGGCAAUAUGGAAACGUUCAUUAAGGAUUCGGGACAGGCUAUUCCCCUUGUAGUGGAAAGCUGCAUUCGGUACAUCAAUUUGUACGGCCUUCAGCAGCAGGGCAUUUUCAGAGUCCCUGGCUCCCAGGUGGAAGUGAACGACAUCAAGAAUUCGUUCGAAAGAGGUGAAGAUCCCCUUGCUGAUGACCAAAACGAACGUGACAUUAAUUCGGUGGCUGGAGUCUUGAAGCUGUAUUUCCGAGGACUGGAAAACCCCCUCUUUCCUAAGGAAAGGUUUCAAGAUUUGAUCUCUACUAUAAAAAUCGAGAACCCCACUGAGAGAGUGCACCAGAUCCAGCAAAUCAUCGUUACCCUGCCUCGGGCUGUCAUUGUUGUCAUGAGAUAUCUUUUUGCUUUCCUCAAUCACUUGUCGCAGUACAGCGAUGAGAACAUGAUGGAUCCCUACAACCUGGCCAUCUGCUUCGGGCCCACUCUGAUGCACAUUCCAGAUGGGCAGGAUCCGGUGUCCUGCCAGGCCCACGUCAAUGAGGUCAUCAAAACCAUCAUCAUUAACCACGAGGGCAUCUUCCCCAGCCACAGAGAGCUGGAAGGACCUGUCUACGAGAAGUGCAUGACUGGAGGGGAGGAGUACUGUGACAGCCCACACAGCGAGCCAGGCACCAUCGAUGAAGUUGACCAUGACAACGGCACGGAGCCGCACACCAGCGAUGACGAAGUGGAGCAGAUUGAAGCCAUCGCAAAGUUUGACUACAUUGGGCGAUCUCCACGAGAGCUCUCCUUUAAGAAAGGGGCCUCGCUCCUCCUGUACCAUCGGGCAUCAGAAGACUGGUGGGAAGGGAGACAUAAUGGUGUGGAUGGCCUCAUACCCCACCAGUACAUUGUGGUGCAAGACAUGGAUGAUGCGUUCUCCGACAGCCUGAGCCAGAAGGCGGACAGCGAGGCAAGCAGCGGGCCGCUGCUGGAUGAUAAAGCCUCCUCCAAGAACGACAUCCAGUCCCCGACGGAUCAUAUUGUGGACUAUGGCUUUGGGGGAGUCAUGGGCCGAGUGAGAUUGAGGUCUGACGGUGCAGCUAUCCCUCGCCGUCGAAGCGGGGGGGACACCCACAGCCCGCCCCGAGGGAUGGGGCCUGGCCUAGACACUCCUCCUCGAGCAGCGGCCUGCCCUAGCAGCCCCCACAAAAUACCUCUUAACAGGGGCAGGAUUGAGAGUCCCGAAAAGCGCAGAAUGGCGACAUUCGGCAGUGCAGGCAGCAUCAAUUUCCCAGACAGGAAGGCCUUGUCUGAUGGCCACCCGCUGAGAUCGACCUGUGGAUCGACUAGACACAGUAGUCUCGGAGAUCAGAAAUCUCUAGAAGCAGAAGCGCUUGCUGAG